UUCCGCAACCAGCAUGUGGAGCGUUGGGCUUUCGAUGUGGACAUCCUCUACCUGGCGCGGCGUCUUGGUGUGGAGGUCUGCGAGGUGCCUGUCAAUUGGCACGAGGUGACCGGUGCGUACUCUCGUUUUUUGAUCUUCCCUUUCCUGUCUAACAUGCACCUUUUUUAA